AUGGAGCAGUCAGCAUCAGACACGCUGCCACCGAGAAGGGAAAACGAUCACCAGAUUGAGCUCACUGAUAAGAAUACGCUGGGGUAUAGUCCCUUAUAUCGGUACUCUGCAAAGGAGCUGGAAGCGAUCAAAACCUAUCUAGUAAAGAACUUACAUAAAGGCUUUAUCGUUUCUAGUGCUGCCCCGUUCGGCUCCCCCGUACUGAUGGCUGCGAAGCCAGGAGGAAGCUUACGGUUCUGCGUGGACUACCGGAAGUUGAACUCGAUUACCAAGAAGAACCGCUACCCUCUGCCCCUGAUGGACGAGCUGCUGGAUCGGCUAGGCCGCGCAAAGAUCUUUACUAAGUUCGAUAUUAGGCAGGGCUUUUACCGUAUACGAAUGCACCCUGAUUCGGUAGAUUUGAUCACGUUCCGCACCAAGUACGGAUCCUAUAAAUACCAAGUCUUGCCCUUUGGUUUAACCAAUGGGCCUGCAGCCUUCCAACAGCUGAUGAAUGACAUCUUUAUUGAUCUGAUCGACAAGUACGUGGCUGUAUAUGUAAACGAUAUCCUGAUCUUCAGCCUCCAGGCCGCUAUUCACAAGUGCGAAUUUAACGUGAAAAGAACUAAGUUCUUGGGCUUCAUCUUGACCCCAAAUGGCAUUGAGGUUGACCCCGAGAAGGUUGCAGUGAUACUAACUGGCAGGUUCCCACUACAGUUAGGGGAUAGGAUUGCCAGACCACUGUAUGCCUUAACAAAGAAGCUGGCAUCCUUUGAAUGGACCCCUGGCUACCAGGAAGCCUUUGAGCAGCUGAAGAAGUACCUGACUUCGGUGCCUCUCCUACGGCACCACGACCUAACCCUCCCGUCUAGGAUUGAAACGGAUGCCUCUGACGGGGUAAUUGCAGGCAUAUUCUCUCAGUUAUUCGAGGUUAGGUGGCACCCGAUUGCCUACUUCUUUAGGAAUAUGCUCGGUACUGAGCGCAACUACGAUAUUCAUUGGUUGGAAGAGGGUGUUCUGCUUCCGCAGGCCACUGAGCAGAAACUAUCUCCUAUAGCAGCAUUACUCGCCCCCGUAGAACUAGAUGACGUUCAGUUGAUGGACCGCCUUCUGCAGGCUAAUCGCACUGCGGCUGACCUUGACGAAGAAAAGGCUGCUGCUGCUGAUGCUGCAGAAUAA